GAGAGCAGGUGUAACUAGCGGUUUUCAAUAGAUGUAAUGAUAGAAGAAGUGAGAAUCGAAGAGAAAUCUGGAAGUUGGAAAUGGUUAGAGUAAGCAAAGAGUUGAUGCAAAAAGCAGCGACACUAGUCUCCGACUUCCUCGUUUGCCCUCUUUCCAAACAACCCCUCAGGUAUUGCCAGGAAUCAAAUUCCUUAAUCAGUGAUGCUAUCGCCGUUUCAUUUCCGAUAAAGAAUGGGAUACCUUGCUUGGUUCCAAGAGAUGGGAAGAUACUUAACGAAGAAGAUGCAUCGAAACCAGAUAAUGAUACCAAUUUAUAAGAGAAUCCAGGAAGAAGUUCUUAAGAUGAUGAACUUUGAGAGACAUUUAAGGUUUUGAGUUUAGUUUCGCAGGGAUGUUUUUGUCUUCUCUAUGUUUUUCCUCAUGAUGGUCACACUCUCUGUGAACAUGCUGUUGGUAGAAUUUUGUGUAACAAAGAAGUUAUGCUUUAACACUUUUGGGGAGGACUGAAAUAUGAUUCUUCCUUCUAUGGAAAAAUAAAUCUCUAAAUUUACACCUUAUUUUCACUGUUUGAAUAUUUUAACCAAUGUUAGUAGGUUGAUUUGUUGUAUCUCUUUCUUUAAUAAUUCAAAGUUUAUACGUUAUACAUUUUAAAA